UUGUCCCACAUAACAGCUUCACAGAAAGUUGCUAGCUACGCCAUCCAGUGAGAGCCGUGUGAAGCUAUAGACUGCCUUGGAAAUUUUAAGGGGCAAGAUCCUGCAAGGUCGACAAUUUGUCGAAGCAGCAGCUGCAUGGCCCUAAUGCCAUUAUACUAUCGACAGGUGUCUGAUUGAAGUUGUGAGGGCAGGUGCAGCGGGCGCUCUGGGGUAAGCGCGUUAAGCCGAUUCUCAAGAAAGGGUCCUGCGUAACAAAAUCGCUUCGUAAGCGCCUUUCCGCUAGUCUUAGCCACUGAAUCUACGUCCGUACGGGUCACGUUGCGUCGUAUCGUGUUAUCUGUGUGUUGUGCUUGUUUGUGUGUAGAGGGAUACUCUUGUGCGCUUUGUUGUAUAUUAGCAAUAACACAUCACGUAUAACAGCAGGCAUCGCAGUGAACUUUGAUAACGUGCCAUAUUGUGCAUCCCUACGUUAGCUUAGCUUUUGGCCAGAACCUAGUCAGCGGUGGUCAACAACUUGAACGACAGCGCGAAGAAUAACAGCAGAUACUCUUGAUUCGAACUUCACUAUACGAAUCAUCAUCGUAAUUGAAUUCUAACGUUUUAGAGUUCGAAUAAUCAUAACCGGGAACUCAGCGCACCCAGAACGAAAAGCGGGCAGGCAUGAAUACCUACAGCGAGAAGUCGUUUUCCGUUGUGUCGGUUUCGAAGAGUCCGUCGAUUUCGUUGGGGUCGGAGAAAUCGAGCCCACCGGCGACCAAGAAGUCGACGCCGGGAUCUCGUUUUGGCUCGGGUUCGCCAUCGUCAUCGCGAGGAUCCUCCCGUGGCUCGUCAAGCCGCAGUGGUCGCGCCUCCACCACGCACUCGUCGACGUCCACCGACAUCUACGGUUCGUACGACCCAUUCUACUCACAAAAGCUAAUAAAGAGGGAGUUCGAAGAGGUAUCGUGCCUGCGUCUCAGCAACUGCGUCGCUGUCAUCGGAGUCCUUAGCAUGUGCAUCCACAUUGUGGAGUUCUUUGCGUACACGUACCUCCUAGCAGCCUACUUCCUGAUUCAUUUCGACACUGUUCCCAAAAGCACGAACGUCUGGUGGAACGUCGUGUACCCCAGCAGUCUGAUACUUCACACCAUCAUCCAGUGCUUCUGCGCCAUCCUUUUGAUUGUCGGUGCCACCAAGAAGAAGAAGUCGCUCAUGCUCCCCUAUAUUAUCGCCGAAUGCAUUGAGAUCCUACUUCUUGCCAAGGCCUCCGUCCUCCUCGCGUUUACUUCCGACCCUACUAGCUUCUGGAUCAUCGCCACCUCCGUUGCUUUCAUGAGCGUUCAGGUCUUCUACGUGAUCGUAGCUGGACGCCUGUACAGACGUUACAAGCGCGAGGAGCUCGAGGUUCUUCCCCACGCCUACGAAACAGAGACCAAGCAACCAUUGCCACCUUCUCCAACUUCCUUCGUGUCUAACUACAUCUACAAGGUCUAAAAUUCCACUGAUCGAACAAAUUUCCUACGAUUAUAACCUGUCGAUGCCAUGAAAACAUGACGAAAAUGUUGUCAUCACCUAAAUUAAUACCUUCUAAUAACAAUGAAAUAGUUGUACGGUACAAAGUCAUGUACUGACGCUAUGGUCUGUGACCUAAGCACUUUGGUAGCAAGGGUUUUGUAACGAAAAACACGCGAUAAAAUAAUACUUGUUCCUAGAUAUGAACAUAUCGUACUUUGGUACGACCCGCAGUGCACUCCAGUUGGACCUCGUUGUUCAAGCUGCUGGCUUGGCGGAAUUAUUGACAUAAAAUAACAUCGCUAUGAAACUGGGCGAUCUAUAGCCAUCCACAGGUAGAAGACACUCAUGCAUAAGGCGUCCUUUGCUUACCUGUGCCAUGUCUAGUUGAUAAUGUAAAAAGCCAAAUAGAUUCGUAAAAAGCCUUCCUGAAUGUCGUCUACCAGGGCUCCAUUUUAUUAAAAAAAAAUUGUCUAUUAUAGAACAAAUUAAUGUGACGAUGACUCAAUGAGCUGUCAACAACUGUGUUCCUGAUGGUAUCAGUAAGAGACACAAGAAACAUGCUAAAAAGGUCAGCUCACAAUACAAUGCAAUGUCGUUUAUAGAUAUCCUAUAUGGAUCAAUAGUGAAAAGAAGCAGUAUUACCACAUACUGUGUUCUUGCGAUGAUUGUAUGGUUUUUUUUAAAGCCAAACGCCGGUCACCGAACAUGCACUGUCGUCACAGCUGUAAAUAUUUAGCUAACCUAUCUAAACAUUUUCCGGUGCCGGUGCCUUGGAACAAUUACUAAGACGAAUUAUCGCAUAAUCGUCAGCAUGGUGACUUACGUUUGGUAUGGAUCACCACCUGUAGUCGAUCUUGGUCAACUGAAAUUACGCUGGUUAACUAUAUAUAACCUAUCUAAGAAAUACUGGAGAUGUCCCCUAUCGGGGCCGAAAUAAGCAGCGAAAUGCAAAAAAAGCAGAGCAAGUGGUCAUCGAAAAUAAACAGCAAAAGGGGAAAAAGAACAGAAAAUGACAACAAGUAGACAUAUGAGUAUACUGCUGAGGUUGUGUUCGUUGUAGGAGAACUAUAUCGAUCUAUUGUUGUAAAUAUACCAGAGUCAUCACCCACUUAUUCAAAUUUAUUCACCUGUUAUAUUUCAUCCAAUGCGACAAACUGCCAGCCAAACUGUUAGAACGGUCAAGGUGAACGGUAUUAACGCAUGGCCCUUUUAGGGACGCCAUUGACACCUUCUAAUGGCCAGUGUUACCAGACACAACUGUAGGUUUUUUUCUUUUGUGAAGCGCGAUAAACUGUACGUAGUUUAACCAUAAAAGCCAGUUAUUGUAAAAUAAAAUAGUUACACAAUAGAAAAAAGACAAAAUUUUCCAAAAAUUUUCGCCUUUUUCUAAUUUUGGCGUUGUGUCAGGCAGAUCUAGUCCACUUUUCAAAACGAGUUUGGCAGAUUGUCGCUUCAUUGAAGCUUGACUCGAGAUUUCGAAAGGAUUCAUAUUUAUGAGGUUCCUAUUAAUCGAGAAUCAAGCUGAGAUAAUAACUUUGUAUCGUAUGUCUCCAUAUGGUAUACCUGAUUGUGUAAAUGUGCUUAUGUACGUGUGUUUACGAGCUUGCCGGCGACGACUAUUGAAGUUUUUACAUAAGAAUAAUAUCAAAUUAUAUUUAGCAUCAACAAUCAGAAGAGACUAUUAAUGACCGAAUAUAUAACUUAUGCUGGUGUAAGAAAGUAAUAUGUAAAUUACUAUGUUAUGUUAUUUUUUUUACUUUGUCGUCCCUGCACGGAUUACUGGCGCGCUCUUGGUCACGUCGAUUAAG